AUGUCAUCUUCAGAUCCCUGGAAAGAAGUAGCACCGAGCAAAGACUUUCCCUGUAAGAUACCUUCUGCCGAUGUUUUGCAACAUAUACACGAAGUGCGUGACAAAGCCUGGGAUAUACGUCCAUACCCAUGCACCGGUCUAGGAACAUUUCUCCAACCCACGAUCUCAAAAUCUCCCGCUUACUCCACGAUCAUUUCUCGACUUCAAAGCGGAGACUCAUUUCUGGACGUGGGUUGCUACCUUAGCCAAGAUCUCAAAAAACUGGUCUUUGAUGGUGUCUCCUCCGAUAGACUUCAUGGCGUCGAUAUUGUCAACCACUGGGACUUGGGAUAUGAGUUUUUCCAAGACAAGAAGAAAUUUGAGGCUCGUUUUAUUGACACAGAUAUCCUGAAUCCGAAUGAAGAGUUGCGUGCGUUGGUGGGGAAAAUCGACAUCAUCUCUGUCACGCAUGUUUUGCAUCAAUGGGAUUGGAAAACUCAAAUAGUGGCAGCUAAGCAAUUGAACGCUUUGUCCAAAUCUGGAACUUUGGUCGUUGGUCUUCAGAUCGGAACUAGUGAAGGAGCCAAGAAGAUAAAAGAGGACGAUACGCAAUGGGAAAUGCAACAAGAUCUAGAAUCCUGGGCUGAGAUGUGGAAGAUCGUUGGGGAGGAAACGGGGACGAAAUGGAAAAGUGAUGCGCAGUUGAAAACUUUUGCGGAACUCGGUUUUGUGACUGAGGAUACUGAUUACCUUACAGGGAAAGUGAGAGUUUUGCAGUUUGUUAUUACGAGAAAUAGAUAG